UCACCAAUGAACACCAUGACUGGAAGACUUUUGCUGGGGCUUCUGAUCAUCUGUGUUGCAGCAGUUGCUGCACGCAGGAGUGAGAACAUGAGAAAGCCUUUUUGUGCUAAUCGAAGGAUCUGGAAAUGCACAACAUAUUUUUACCCCGUGUGUGGAACCGACGAACGGACUUAUGACAAUGAGUGUCUCCUCUGCAAGGAGAUGCAUGAAACCUCCAAGAACAUCUUAGUCGCCAAACCAGGACGCUGCUGACAUGUAUGGUUGAUAAAAUCAACACUUUGAGGCAGCCCAGAAAAAUGAUAUCCACUGUUGUCUCAUUGAAAUAAAGUCUAAGUUUGAUCAACCUG